AUGCGCUUUACCCCACUUCCCAAACUGUCCCUACUCUUCAGCACCAAAAUCCCUCGACUCCAAGAACCUUUCUACGUUCAGUCUCCUCUGGUUUACAUCUCAUCAAACACCUCAUCUGCCAUCUGGGAACCAUCCGGAACAUCUUCAUUUUCACUCCCAAGCCAUUCAACAUUCGUACAACUCCUGAAGAAGAGGCCAUCUUUGACUCAGAUCAAACAGAUACAUGCCCAAGUUGUUACUCACGGCUUGGCCCAGAAUACCUCUCUCCUUGGACCUCUGAUACACUCAUAUAUUGGCUGUAGAAAUCUCAGCUUUGCACGGAUUGUGUUUGAUCAAUUCCCUUCUCUGCCGCCCACAAUAAUAUGGAACCUCAUGAUCCAAGCCUAUUCGAAGACACCCAGUUCACAAGAAUCACUGUACCUCUUCCAUCAAAUGCUUGCGCAUGGCAGGCCCACUUCAGCAGACAAGUACACCUUUACGUUUGUGUUUACAGCUUGCUCGCGUCAUCCCACACUCCGUGGUUAUGGUGAAAACGUUCAUGGGAUGGUUGUGAAAGAUGGGUAUGAAUCGGAUAUAUUUGUGGGGAAUUCGUUGGUGAAUAUGUAUUCAAUCUUUUCAAGAAUGGUUGAUGCCAAGAGAGUGUUUGAUGAAAUGCCUCAAAGGGACGUAAUCACUUGGACUAGCGUAGUAAAAGGGUAUGCAAUGCGUGGGGAGUUGGUAAGAGCUAGGGAAUUGUUUGAUAUGAUGCCGGGGCGCAAUGAUGUUUCAUGGGCAGUCAUGGUUGCUGGUUAUGUGGGACACAGGUUCUAUAAUGAAGCACUUCAAUGUUUCAAUGAUAUGCUUUGCCAUGAUGAGGUGAAGCCUAAUGAGGCAGUAUUAGUCAGCAUCUUAUCAGCAUGUGCUCAUCUUGGGGCCUUGGAUCAAGGGAAAUGGAUUCAUGUUUAUAUAGACAAGAAUAGAAUUCUGCUGAGUUCAAAUAUCUCGACUGCUCUUAUUGAUAUGUAUGCAAAAUGUGGGAGGAUAGAUUGUGCAAGGCGGGUUUUUGAUGGGUUACAUAAAAGAGAUCUCCUCACAUGGACAAGUAUGAUAUCAGGAUUAUCCAUGCAUGGGCUUGGUGCAGAAUGUCUGUGGACUUUUUCAGAAAUGCUAGCAGAAGGGUUUAAACCUGAUGAUAUAACCCUUCUUGGUGUUUUAAAUGGAUGUAGUCAUUCAGGUCUGGUUGAGGAGGGUCUUUCCAUCUUCCAUGACAUGAUACCUUUGUGGGGAAUAGUUCCCAAGCUUGAGCACUACGGAUGUUUAAUAGACCUUCUAGGUCGAGCUGGUCGACUUGAAAGUGCCUUUGAAGCUAUCAAGAGCAUGCCUAUGGAGCCUGAUGUUGUUGCCUGGAGAGCCUUGCUUAGUGCUUGUAGAAUUCAUGGUGAUGUUGAUCUUGGGGAGAGAAUUAUAAACCAUAUAGCAGAACUGUGUCCUGGUUCUCAUGGUGGAGGCUAUGUGCUUCUUUCGAAUUUGUAUGCAUCUAUGGGCCAAUGGGAAAGUGUAACCAAAGUCAGGAAAGCUAUGAGUCAGAGGGGCAGUGAAGGAUGCCCCGGGUGCAGUUGGAUUGAGAUUGAUGGUGUUGUUCAUGAAUUUCUUGCUGCAGAUAAGUUGCAUCCUCGGAUAUCAGAGAUAAAUAAGAAGUUGAAUGAGGUGCUGAGAAGAAUAAGCAUAGAGGGAGGUUAUGUUCCUAGCACCAAGCAAGUGUUGUUUGAUUUGAAUGAGGAGGAUAAAGAACAAGCUGUGUCUUGGCACAGUGAGAAAUUGGCUGUUGCUUUUGGGUUAUUGAGUACUCAAGAGGGUACCAUUCGGAUUACGAAGAAUUUGCGGACAUGUGAAGAUUGUCACUCAGCCAUGAAGACCAUUUCUCUUGUUUUCAAUAGAGAAAUUGUGGUGAGAGAUAGAUCUCGUUUCCACACUUUCAGAUAUGGAAAUUGUUCUUGUACUGAUUAUUGGUAG